AUGCCUGCAUCUCGUGGCCUAACUGGCUAUGGAUUGUUCCAGUACCGGAGCCACGACACAUCCAUAUUACCAACAGUUACUUCAGUCAAACCUCAGGACAAGUUCAUGUGUGCACAAGAGGGGGGGUCACAGAAGAAGGAUGAGGAACGUCUGGUUGAUAUCUACACAGAGCGGUACAUCACAGGUGGAGGUGACAUCCACAUCAACACACAGCAUGAGGUCAUGCAGAUUGAGGCAGCAGGGAAGCCAGCAAGAUACAGAGAAAUCAUGAACCCAGUCCACAGGUUUGCUAUUGACAAGGCCUUACAGAGUCCAAAUGGACACCUGGACUUGUUCCUCCGCUUCCUCCUCGCGGGUCUUUCACUGGAGACCAAUCAGACCAACUCCCUGAAGGCUACUGAAAAAGAAAAGAAGCUCACAGACCAAUCAGGAAACAUGGAGGAGAUCCAACAGUACCUGAGUUCAGGAAGUCCUUCCACAGAUGAACUGACUCCUGCUCAGUGGUCAGCCUUGGUCUUCAUCUUACUGUCAUCAGACAAAGAUCUGGACGUGUUUGACCUGAAGAAAUACUCUGCUUCAGAGGAGGUUUCUUCUGAGGAUGCUGCCAGUGAGAGAAGCUGUGAAGCUCUGUCUCAGCCUCAGCUCCCAGUCUCACGUCUGACAGAGCUGGACCUGAGUAACAACGACCUGAAGGAUUCAGGAGUGAAGCUGCUCUCUGCUGGACUGGAGAGUCCACACGGUACACUGGAGACUCUCAGGUUAAAUCAAACCAGGCUCACAGAGAAAUGCUGUCAGGAGUUCUCAUCAGUUCUCAGCUCCCAGUCCUCACGUCUGAGAGAUCUGGACCUGAGUAACAACGACCUGCAGGAUUCAGGAGGGAAGCUGCUCUCUGCUGGACUGAAGAGUCGACGCUGUACACUAGAGACUCUCAGGCUGUCAGGCUGUCUGGUAGCAGAGGAAGGUUGUACUUCUCUGGCCUCAGCUCUAAAAUCCAACCCCUCCCAUCUGAGAGAGCUGGACCUGAGCUACAAUCAUCCAGGAGAGUCAGGAGUGAAGCUGCUGUCUGCUGGUCUGGAGAAUCCACGCUGGAGACUGGACACUCUCAGGGUGGAUCAUGGUGGAGAGCAGAGGCUGAAACCUGGUCUGAGGAAGUAUGCCUGUGAACUCACAGUGGACACAAACACAGUGAACACAAACCUCAAACUGUCGGACAACAACAGGAAGGUGACACAUGUGAGAGAAAAGCAGCCGUAUCCUGAUCAUCCAGAGAGGUUUGAUUACUGUCCUCAGCUGCUGUGUGGAGAUGGUCUGACUGGUCCCUGUUACUGGGAGGUCGAGUGGAGAGGAAGAGCUUAUGUAUCAGUGAGUUACAGAGGAAUCAAAAGGAAAGGAAAGAGUGAUGACUGUAGGUUUGGAUUUAUUGAUCAGUCCUGGAGUCUGAAGUGUUCUGAUGAAGAUGGUUACUCUGUCUGGCACAAUAACAGAAAAACAUUACUCUCCUCCUCCUCCUCCUCCAUCUCCUCCUCCUCCUCGGUCUCUCACAGAGUAGCAGUGUAUGUGGACUGUCCUGCUGGCUCUCUGUCCUUCUACAGAGUCUGCUCUGACACACUGAUCCACCUCCACACCUUCAACACCACAUUCACUGAACCUCUUUAUCCUGGGUUCAGGGUCUGGUCACCUGGUUCCUCAGUGUCUCUGUGUCCUCUGUAAGACAAAGAGUCUCCUCCUGUGUAGAGAAACUUCUGACAAACACAAACUAACUGAAGUCUGUGAAAACAUUUGUUGGUGAAUGUUCUGCACAUUCGUGGUUUGAUUGAAAUAUUUAGAAAUGUUUUCAUUGAGUGUUUCAGGACGAACGUUCAGAUUUUAGUUUGACAUUUUCUGCUGUUGAGAGGAUUUCUGCAGUUAUUGUUGAUCAUUUGUGUCGAGAUGUUUCUUCAGAAAACGACGAGAAAAAGACCAAAAACCAAAGAAAAGAAAGGAGGAUUCCUCCGUCAGUAAUGAACCCACAAAAUAUGAUCAGACCAAGACACAAGGUCAUGUUUGUAUUUUCAUUUCUUUACGUUUACUCAUUGAUCCUUUGUAUUUUUCAUAUUUUUCAUAGAGAUGUUUUUUAUAUCUCCUUAUUCCAUUCUUAUGGUGAACAUGGUGAAAGAGAGUUUCCAUUCAGCUGUUUAUGGAGAAACAUUGAAUCAUUCCAACUGUUUUAUGCUUUCCUUUAUUUAUCAUGACUCACUCCAAAUUCAAAGCAUGUUGUUAUUAUUCAAAGACUUUUCAUCUUUGUCUUUAUUUUUACUCAUUAGAUCAUAAAAAAUAAAGAGUGUCGUGACUAAAAAUGUAAAGAGUCAUAAUGACUUCAUUGAUCCAUAGUAUGGUCACAUCGAGGUGCUGAACACAACCAAAUCAAUCUUUUCAUUUUUUAUGUGGAAUUCUCUUUUUGUGUUUUUGGGAAAAUAAAAAUCAACUUUAAAAA